AAUUUCGUCAUUUUCGAGUGUUUUUCGUGCUUUUUCCGCGAGUUUUCUUUGAUUUUUUCCAUUUUUUGUUUGUUCAGUGAGCUACGGUUGGUGCAACUGUAGCGAAAAAGCCGUGAAAAUUAACGAAUCACAGAGGAAUAAGGUUAUUUUGAUAGAUUCCGAGAAACCCGGAAUUAAAUCAAAAUCCAUGGAGCACUCGUAUUCGCAUCCAAGGGACAAAACGGACUCCGAGGCGACUGUGGGAUGUAAUAAAACGAGAACUUUGAUGGUACAUCGACCGCCACAGUGUCCUUCGUGUCAUACGCAUUCGCAUGAUGAUAUCGACUUGGAAGACUCUCACAACGCAAAUAUCCCGCCGUACAAUGAAGAAGCUGCCAAGGAGCAGAUGGAUGAGUGUUUCAAAAUCUCGCUGCAGAUCAAAAACAAUCAUUCCGACGAAGAACCAUGGGAAGAUCGCAUCGUCAAGUACACUUGGACCCCCCAACAAUCGAAACUUUUCAGCAAAAUCGUUCGUUUACUCGAUUUAGAUCGACUUGCGAGACUCGCAAUUGCCGGAAGAAGUCACGAAGCCAUUCACCGACGAACGAUAGUCGAUAAAUCCGUCGAACGCUUGAGGAAAGCCUUUGCCAGCGUUUCAUGGGACACAAAAUUAACUCAAUGGGUUCACAGUAUUUUGCUGGAUAACUUACCUUCGUCAUAUUUGGCGAUUUAUAUGGAUACUUUACAAACGUUGAAAGCAAAAGUCCCGUCACUUACUGAUCGGAUAAUUUUCGGGCGUCCCGGAAACAUAAAUCAAGAUUUAGUCGGAUAUAUUUUGAAAAAACCUUGGGAACCGCAAGUCGCUUAUAAAAAUCGCAAAUUACCCAAUUCCCCGUACAUCGUCGUUGUUCCUUCUGGGCCAACGAUGGGUCCUGCAAGCGGAAGGAUGCAACAAUGGCUCACUCUGUUCACGACAAUGGCAGCUGUUGUGCCUGUUCAGGUACCCGUAACAGGUUCUAUGGGCAAAAAUCAACCUUUGCAAUCCGUAACGGAGCAACUUCUCUUCACGACGCGCGCCAAACUGCAAGAAAUCCGUCAAGAAACACCCGAACGCCCAAUAAUUCUCGUUGGAUUCAAUGCUGGGGCAGCGCUUGCGUUACAAGUUGGUGUCGUUGAACCCGUUAAUUGCAUCAUUACCCUCGGAUUCGGUUACAACACGAUAAAUGGUGUACGAGGAACGCCCGAAGAUAAUAUUUUAAGUGUGCAAGUGCCCGUUCUCUUCAUCGUGGGACAAAAUGCAGCACGUUCAAGCCCCGAAGAGAUCGAAACGUUGCGAGAACGGAUGUCGGCAAAUACCUCAAUGGUUGUCGUUGGAUCGGCAGAUGAUGCUUUACGUGUGGGAAAGACAAAACGGAAGAUUGAGGGAGUGACACAAGCGAUGAUCGAUAACAUGAUAAUGGAUGAGAUACAAGAAUUUGCAACAGCGUCUUUGGAAAAUCCGACAAAAGUGAAGCCAUAUCCGAUGGGAACGCCUGCGAGAGUGCUUGAUCCGUCGCAUACGUCUCCGAGUAAGAUUGGGAUUCAAACUUCGACUCCUUUGUCGUCAGGGAAGAAACGGAAAAUUAGUGAAGGGGAUGUUCCGAAGAAGCUUGGUCGUCCUCGUUUGGAUCGAAGCGACAUAACAUCACCUCCAAAGAAAAUGCCUCCAAGCAAAAAUAAAUUAAUUUCUCUCGUACAACCAACUGGCAAAGUUCUCGACGACGCCAUUCAAAGCAUUUUACCAUCACAAAGCGAUUCUUCGUUGAACGUCCUUCACAUCGACAGCAAAAAACUUUCUCCCAUCCCUUCGAUCAAAAGCGAUUCUGGCAUAACAAAACUUGAGAUCAAACCAGCAAACGCAAACGCCCAAAAGCAACUCGCAAAUUCAUCAAUUACCUUCACGACAACUCCAACGGGCAAAAUUCCGCGACAAACGUUCAAAGUUAUCUCCGGAAAUCAAUUUAUUCAGCUAAAACCGAGUCCUUCAACGACAGCAACGAACGAACAAAAGUUCAUAACUGUCAAAUCUCAAAAUGCAGGAACAAAAACCGGCGGAACAUCCAAAAUUUACACACUAAAAUCGGGAGUUAGUGGCACGGGACAGACGUUUAUCGAGACAAAACCUGGCAUGCAAUCGAAUUUCAGCCCGACGAAAUUCACGAUAAUGAAACAAAGUGCGGGAAAUUCUUCGACAACGUCAGAUUCGUCGUCAACGACACUCAGUGCGGAUUGCAGUGGCACCGAUUUCACAAAUAUUCUCGAUAUGCCGGUUGUUUUUGCCGACAGUGAUGGCAAUAUAACGCCUGAAGUUGCAUCUCCCGCAACGACGACGACGUACAAAACGAUCCAAAAGCCAACGACGAUCACGCAACCACGAACGCAGUACAUAAUCCAAACGAAAUCGGGCACUCAGAGUACAACAACGAGCUCUCCGUUCCAAACGCAAGGCAAACAAUUCGUCAUUAGCAGUAUCGCAGGCCAAAAAACUGUCACGAAACCCGGAAAUAUGGUCAUUUUGAACAAAAAUCCGAUCAAAACGAUGUCAACGACAACGACAACCAAAACUAUCGGAGGUCCAAUGACAACAAUCAAGUACGCGCGCAUCGUCACAACCACAGACGGGCAGAAAAUUGUCAUCCCAGCAACUUCGGGAUCUCCGUCGUCGAGCAUCAUUCAAAGUAGUAGCACUUCGUCGUCGCCAAUUUCGAGCGGAAAGAAAAUUGAGAUCAUCAAUAGUUCGAUUAUUAAGCCUGCUGACCCGAAAUAUCAGCCAAUCAUCAUAAAUGUUGACAACAAGGGACAACAAAUCAAGAAAGUUUAUCGAAAUGUCGAUGGCACGACACAAUCUACCGUACAAUUGCCCAUUCAGACGUCGAUGAGUCAGCAGGGAACUGCGGGAACGAUCGUGAUUCAACGACCAAAGACAGCAAUUUUGAACAGAGGCAACUUGACGGUGAAGAGGGUGAAUGUCCCGCCAGGUACAAAUGUGCUGACAUCGACGCAGACGACACAUGAGACAGUUUUAACGAAGAAGAAUUAAAAGAGGAGAAGGAAUUUUAUUUGAAAAUGUUUGUUAAUAAUCUCUUUGAGGGAAAAAUCAUAAAGAAUAAAAUUUAAAAUAUGAAA